AUGAAUUUUGAAAAUUAUACAGAAAUUAUACAUAAAUCAUUAAAAGAUGUUUUAAACGUUACACUUGGUAUAGUUCCAUUUGGAUUUGAUGUAUUUCUUGAUUUUGGAGUUAAACUUGAUUUAGGAUUAACAGGAACAGCUAUUGUUGAAACCAAGUUCAAAAAAGAAUUUGAUUAUACAUUAUAUAUUUCAUAUCCAAAUGCAAAUAUUAAUGAAGGUACUUAUAUUUGUGAUUAUGCACAAAUAAAGAUAGAUGAUAAAAAAGAUUAUAAAUUAUUUAAACCAACAAUAAAUAUAAAUGGAGAAUUAGACAUAACAAUUACACCAGAUGUUAGAAUAACAUUUUCAACACAAGCAUUUGAUGGAUAUGCAAAAUUAGAAUUUCCACUUGUAAACCAAGUGAGAUAUGAUCAAACAGGAUUUGCAGGAACAUAUGAUAAAAAUGUAGCUAAAAUUGUUUAUGGAUUAGAAGAAGAUCAUCAUUUUGAAUAUACACUUGAUAUUUAUGGAGAAAUUAAUUUAGGAUAUAAAAUAAAAUUAGCAAUUUAUAAGAAAGAAAAUGAAAAACCAUUUAAUUUAUUUGAACCAAUCAAAAUGGUGAAAAUUGGAUUUUAUAGUGUUGAAAAAGAAAAAGAAAUAAGAAAAAUACCAAUAAAAAUAACAUCAGAAAUGAUAAGUGAUUAUGAAGAUAAUUCUGAAGGAAUCAUUAAAUUAGUAGUAAGUGAUAUUAUAAAAUAUAUUGAAGAAGAAUUUAGAAUAACAAUAGAAAAUAAAGAAUAUUUUAUCAAUGAUACAAGUGAAACAAUUAUAACAGAAAAUAAACAAUAUGGAAUAAUUGAUAUAGAAAUUAAAAAUGAAGGAAUUAGUAUAGAAGAUAUAAGUCAAAUAUGUGAUGUAUUAAAAGAAAAAAAUCAAAUUGAAUCAAAAUAUGUAUAUCUUAAAGAAUAUAGUAAAUACAUUGAUGGAUGUGGGAAUAUUACAAUUGAAAAUGAUAAAAGUGAAGAAACAAUAAUUUCAAAAUGUGAAAAAUAUGAACAUUGUUCAAUGUGUUCAAAAUCAGAAUGUUUUAAAUGUGAAAAAGGAUAUGGAUUAAAUGAAGAAGGAAAAUGUACAAAUGUAGAAUGUAAGAAUUUUAAAGGAUGUUCGAAAUGUACAGUAACUAAAUGUUUAGAAUGUUCUAAUGGGAAAGAUGUAUUUAAUGAUAAAUGUAUGAUAGAAGAAUGUUUGGAAUUUGAAGGAUGUUUAGAAUGUACAAGAAGAGAAUGUACUAAAUGUAAUAAAGGAUAUGAAUUAGAACAUGGAGAAUGUAAAAGAAAAAGUUGUUCAAAAUUUGCAAAAUGUGAAUUUUGUAAUAAUGAAGAAUGUCUUGAAUGUAAAAAAGGAAUAGAACUUAUUGAUGGAGCAUGUAAAAUGGAAGAAUGUAAUAAUUUUGAAUAUUGUUCAGAAUGUACAGAUAAAAAAUGUAUUAAAUGUAAAGAAACAUAUAAAAUAAAUAAUAAAGGAAUUUGUGAAUUAAAUAAAUGUUCAGAAAUAAUGAAUUGUAAUAUAUGUGAAGAAGGAAAAUGUCUUGAAUGUUUAGAUAAAUUACCAAUGAUUAAUGAUAUAUGUUAUCCAUCAACAUGUUCUAGUUUCAAUAAAUGUUUUAGAUGUGAUAAUAAAAAAUGUAUUCAAUGUGUUGAUGGAACAAUAACAACAGAUGGAACAUGUCAACAAGCAGAAAAUAAUAAAGAAAAUAUAUAUUGUUUAUUACCAAAUUAUUUAUUUGAACAAAAAGAACUUGGAAAGUGUACUAAUAAAUUCUGA